AUGUGGGAAGAGCUGUGGUCGAUUCACGGCCUUCUGGCUGUCUUCCGUUGGUUUCUCAUGCCAGGAACCCAUCUCCCAUCACUUCAACAUGCAGCCUCUGAAGCUGUGCAUGCCGCCUCCAACUGGGUCUCCAGCUCCGCCAUUUCCGACUUGACGAACUCGGCUUCAGUCGUUGCGGAGGAAGAUUUUGAUGCCUUGCGAUACGUUGAUCCUCUUAUCGGCUCAGACAAUGGGGGCAACGUGUUCGCCGGCGCAACAUUGCCUUACGGAAUGGCCAAAGCCUCUCCCGAUACCAACAGCGCCUCCAACCAAGGCGGUUUUACUUUGGAUGGGAGUCCGGUCACCGGCUUCUCAACGAUGCACGACUCCGGUACUGGCUCGCAACCUUCGCUAGGCAAUUUCCCGUUGUUUGCAUAUACGACUUGUCCUAGCGGAGAGGUCAACGAGUGUGCUUUUCCGAAAAAGUCGAGGGCAGAAUACGGACAUUUUGACAAGAAAGAUGUAAUCGCGGAACCGGGGUUGUUCAACAUCACAUUGAAAACUGGCAUCAGAGUCGAAAUGACAACGACGGAGCGGGCGUCCCUCAUCAGGUUCAACUUUCCACAAGCAGGGAAGCCUCUCAUCCUGCAAGAUCUAACUGACCUGGGCGAUACACGACAAGACAACGCCUCGAUCAGGGUCAACAGAAGGACGGGACAGAUCAGGGGAAAUGCCCGCUUCCAGCCUAGUUUUGGAAGCGGCAGCUACGUCUUGUACUUUUGUACGGACUUCCGCGGCGCCGACAUGCUUGACAGCGGAAUCUUCGUAGACAGCCGUGCCAGCACCGAGGUCAACAACUUGACCAUCUCCAGAUCAAUCAAUGGGUAUCCGUUACCAGGAGGUGCUUUUGUGCGCUUCAAGUCUGCGGAUAAGCCCAUCAUCGCACGCGUCGCCACCAGUUUCAUCAGUGAAAGGCGGGCCUGCUCUCAUGCUCAGAACGAGAUUCCCGACUUCAACUUCGAUCGAGUUUCGGUGGAGGCCAAAGCUAUUUGGCGCAGAAAGCUUAGCCCCAUCAAAAUCAACACCGCGAGAGUUGACGAAUCAUUUGCACGAAACUUCUAUAGUGGCAUCUACAGGACUAUGAUCAACCCGCAGAAUUAUACGGGAGAGAAUCCUUUGUGGAGGAGCAGGGAACCGUACUGGGAUUCAUUUUACUGCCUGUGGGAUUCUUUCCGGUCGCAGAUUCCAUUCCUGAUCAUCAUUGAUCCAACGUCAGUCGCCCAGAUGGUCAGAUCACUUAUCGACACAUAUUCCCACCUGGGGUGGCUGCCGGAUUGCCGAAUGAGUUUGUGCAAAGGCUUCACUCAAGGCGGCUCAAAUGCAGACAACGUACUGGCAGAUGCCUAUUUGAAGAACAUCACCGAGGGUAUUGAUUGGAAUCUGGGCUACGAAGCUGUUCUAAAAGAUGCGGAGCAGGAGCCGUUUGACUGGAGUGUCAAUGGCCGCGGAGGUGUGGACAGUUGGAAGAGGCUUGGAUACAUACCUAUUCAGGAUUUCGACUUCAAGGGUUUCGGAACACUCACGCGAAGUGUUUCCCGAACGCUGGAAUACAGCUACAACGACUUUUGCAUCGCGCAGAUGGCCAACAAAAUGGGACGAGGGUCCGACCGAGAGAAGUAUCUUAAGUCGAGCGGCAACUGGCAAAACCUGUACAAAAAAGACCAGAAAUCUGCAUUUUUCAACGGGACAGACACCGGAUUCAGGGGUUUUUUCGAACCCAAAUACCUCAACCAGACCUGGGCGUACCAGGACCCGUUGAGCUGCAGCAAUCUGGACGGGCAGGCUGUUUGUUCUUUGCAGAACAAUGGGCCUGAAACUUUUGAGAGCAGUCUUUGGGAAUAUGGGUUCUUCGUUCCUCACGAUCAGGGAACGUUAAUUGAUACCUACGGUGGUCCAGAUGCGUUUGUUCGCAGACUCGAUUUUUUGCAUGAUCAGAACAUUACUUACAUCGGCAAUGAACCGGCGUUCCUCACAGUCUUCCAGUAUCAUUACGCCGGCCGCCCGGCUCUUUCGGCGAAGAGAGCCCAUUCCUACAUCCCGUCAUUCUUCUCCGCUGACCCUGCGGGCUUGCCGGGAAACGAUGACAGCGGUGCCAUGGGUUCCUUCUUGGCAUUCUCCAUGAUGGGCCUGUUCCCUAAUCCUGGACAAGAUGUAUACUUGAUCAUUCCGCCGUUCUUCGAAAGCAUUGAGAUUACUCAUCCGCAAACGGGACUCACGGCCCGCGUCCGCAAUGUUAACUUUGACCCGACAUACCGAAAUAUAUAUAUACAGAGCGCAACCUUGAAUGGCGAACCCUAUAGGAAGAGCUGGGUCGAUCAUAAGUUCUUUACCGAAGGCCAAGAACUAGUGCUAACUCUGGGGCGGCGGGAGAGUAAAUGGGGUACAAGAGUCCGGGAUCUGCCCCCGAGUCUUGGAGCGUACCGGGGUUUCAACAGGACGUUUCCUUCGAAUCGCACGAGAAUCGUAGAUGCGACAUAUAAGGGUGAGUUUGGGGAACUAGGAAAGGACUGGGGGGUGUAG